UUGAACUUUCUCUGACAUCCUACAGCUGUGUGUGUGAUUUUAAUUUGUUUUGCAAUUUAUAUCAACAAAAUAUGACCACUCUGAGACCAAAAAGCCCUAGACCCAUAGUGGAACCUAAGCCAAAAGACGAAACCAUCUGGGACAAACUUGGCACAUUGGGGCGUAAGAAGCGAAUCAAGGAAGUGCAAGAAGUACAAAGCGAAGGUAAACAUGCUAUUGAUUCACCCGGACGUCCUACAGCCCCCGUAAUACCACCAGAAGAGUACAAUUUAGAAGAAAACGAAGAAAGAUGCCUCCUUGACCAAAACGCAUUUGAAGACCCAAAAUUCCGCGACUUGAACGACGUAAUAAUCGAAUGGAUCAACGAUGAGUUGGCCUCACAAAGAAUCAUUGUACAAGAUUUAAUGGAGGAUCUUUACGAUGGACAAGUAUUGCAAAAAUUACUAGAAAAACUAACAGGAGAUAAACUGGACGUGCCAGAAGUUACACAAAGCGAAGAAGGCCAAAAGCAAAAACUUGCUGUGGUUUUGGCCCACACUAAUCGAGUUUUAGGUAUUCAAAGGAUGAAGCACAACAAGUGGAGCGUGGAAGCUAUUCAUUCAAAAAAUAUUGUUGCUAUUAUUCACUUGCUUGUAGCACUUGCUAGACAUUUCAGGCCCCCUGUACGUCUAACAGAAAAUGUCUCUGUAAACGUUUUUGUUGUUAGAAAACAACAAGGCCAAUUGGCCCAUCAAAAAGUCAAAGAAAUCCUUACUACUGCUUAUGAUGAUGUAGGAAUGAGGUGCGAAAGAGAUGCGUUUGAUGCUUUGUUUGAUCACGCUCCUGAAAAGCUUCAAAUUGUUAAAAAAAGCUUGGUCACUUUUGUUAACAAACAUUUAAACAAAAUGAACUUUGAAGUUACAGAACUGGAAACGCAAUUCCAUGAUGGUGUUUAUUUGGUUAUUUUAAUGGGGCUACUUGAAGGCUUCUUUGUGCCUCAUUAUUCAUUUCAUUUAACUCCACAGGAAUUUGAGCAAAAAGUUCACAAUGUUAAUUUUGCCUUUGAGCUUAUGGAAGAAUGUGGAUUGAAACGACCAAAAGCAAGACCUGAAGAUAUUGUCAACAUGGAUCUGAAAUCAACUCUUCGUGUGCUAUAUAAUCUCUUCCUCAAGUACAAAACUAUAGCUUAGAUUUUUAUGAAAAUAACAAAGAUGUGCCUUAGAUUUGCCUAAUAUUAUUGUGCUUAAAUAUUUAUACUAAUUUUACUUACAAAAUAAACUAAAAUGCCUCGAUUUUUUCCACUAUUUCGUUAUCAUCUAAAUUAUUGUCAAAUAGGAAAUUAUCAAAAUACAUAUCUUGUAAGAUUUUUAAACGUUUUGGAUCUAAAUUGUGUUUUCUAGGACAAGAAACUAAUAAAUAAACUUUUGAAUUGUU